AUGGGUGAGCUUGUAAAUGCUGCAAGAACAUUAGGUGAAACAGGAAAUUUUGUAGAUGGUUUUAAAAGACUUGUUUCAAAUGUUUUAACAAACACAAAGAAAUUAUUUAGAUAUACCAUACAUAACGGUCAGAUUUUCGAACAGGUAGCAACAAACCCUCCGGUUAUGGCUGCGUUGAUGAUGGUUAGAGAUAUAAAACCACGUAACGACGGGAACGAAGAACAUGAACAACAGGAUACUGGUCGGGUUAUUCGAGACAUUAAAAACGUGUAUCCUGAAGUUAUUGAUUUAUUUAGAGGAGUUAAUGAUUCAAUUUCAAAACAUUCUAUAACCCUCGAUGAAGAGAAUAAAUUAACAGAUUAUAUAUUCGUCAUUAUUGCAGAAUUAAUGAAGAGAAUAAAUGAAAAAGGAAUUGGUGAUAUCAUUAAUGUCAGCGAUGUAAUGAUGAAAAGAAAUUUUGACUCAUUAUUUACAAAACCGAAAACAGAAUAUAGUCUUUAUGACGUAAUUACCGAAUUAAUGAAAAAGAUUAAUGAUAAUAAGAGUUCUGGCGGAAGAGUUGAAUUAGAAGUGAAUGAUGUUAAUGAGAAAUUAGCCGAAAAAGCAGACAAAAAUGAGCUUUUAGCUCUGAGUGAUAAAGUCAAGAACCACGUUCAUUAUAUAACUUCAGACGAACAGAUUAUAACGGACUACCAUGGAUAUUUAACACGAAGUGAUGAAGUGAAGACGGAAGAUGUUAAUGAAAGAAGAUAUAAAUACAUUCGUGCUAAAGGUUAUGACAUAAGCUGUACUGUACAGUAUGACACGGGUAAAGCACCAGAAGCAUUUAGUUAUAACGAUGAAAUUUAUGCCUCUACUUUCUCUGUUAAAGGUGUAUUAGUUGAACCAAGAUUUACUUUGAGAGUUAAGUCAAAAAUAACGUUUGAAGAUGCUAUUAAAAGUAAAGCUGACAAAGUUGAACUCGAAGCAAUGAACAAAGUUUUGAAAUCUCAUAA